AUUUAAGAUGUUAGGCAACUGGUCUGCUGAGAAUCCAGUUGGUCUUUAGGAGCAGAAGCAAUAUGUCUUACAUAUACGUAGCACUUGUCUCGGCCAUACUCCACCAAUCAUUGGUAGUGCAGGUGCAAACGGAGCCCACCAUUGUCCAGGAAUGGAGCUGGCAAGACCAUCACGGCAACGUAGACAUCGGUCUCUAUCACUACUACACAGCGCCAGAUAAUGAUAAAGAUUUGGAUGGCAAUGAGAAUACAAACGAUUAUGAAUAUGAAGAGGAUGGCAGGGCUACUGCCGACGGCCAGGAUAAGGAGACGUGCGAGUACAGCUGUCCCCGGUACUACCGCCCCGUCUGCGUUCUCCGCAAUAGCCGCAAUGUGACAUUUGCCACGCUCUGCGAGUUCCACAACCAAGUACGUUGUGCCAACGCUCUGAGAAGACAAGGUCUUGGCAAUCCGGUGCCCAACUUUCAAUACCAACAUGAUGGUGGCUGCUAAACCGUAAGAUUACUCAGGCUCCCUCCCUGGAUAAUUAUGAAGACUUGGAAAGUGAUGAGAAUACAAAUGAGCAUGAAUUUGAAGAUGGGGAUGC